AUGGUUCCUAAUGUGCAUCUUACGAAAGAUGGAGAACUAUUUGGAGAUCCUGAGAAAUAUAGAAGAUUGAUCGAAAAGUUGAACUAUCUUAUGGUGAUUUGUCCAGAUAUCGCAUAUCCAGUAAGUGUUGUCAGUCAGUUUAUGGCCUCCCCAACAGUUCAUCAUUGGGCAGCUUUAGAGCAGAUCUUAUGUCAUUUGAAAAGAGCCCUUGGAUGCUGUAUAUUAUAUGCCAAUCAUAGUCACUCUCAUAUUGAAUGUUUCUCAGAUGCAGAUUGGGCAGGUUUCAAGGUAGAUAGAAGAUCCACAUCAGGUUAUUGUGUCUUUGUCGGAGGAAAUUUAAUAUCAUGGAAGAGCAAGAAGCAGAAUGUCUUGUCACGAUCAAGUGCAGAGUCGGAAUAUAGGGCUAUGGCACAAGCUGUUUGUCAAAUAAUGUGGAUAUAUCAGUUCCUGACUGAAAUAGGCCUUGAAACUUCAGUACCAGCGAAAUUAUGGUGUGAUAACCAAGCGGCUCUUCAUAUUGCAUCUAAUCUAGUGUUCCAUGAACGAACAAAACACAUUGAGAUCGAUUGCCAUUUCGUUCGUGAGAAACUACAGCAAGGUCUGAUUUCCAUUGGGUACGUAAAGACUGGAGAACAAUUGGGAGAUAUCUUCACAAAGGCUCUAAUUGGGAUCCAAGUUGAUUAUCUUUGUAACAAGCUAGAUAUGAUUGAUAUCUAUACUCUAACUUGA